GUCCGUCGUCAGUUGCCACUAGAGUUUCUGAAUAAUUCGGCAGAAAGAAGUGCAAGAAACAUCUGUAUACUUUGGCUUCACAGCACAGCAGUUAUUUAAGUCUGUGGGGAUUAAGACAACAACCAGAGUCGAAAGGAUUCAAAAGCAAUUUCAUCGUAGCAGAAAUUAUUAAAUCAUAUUGGCUUAAAAAUAGUUUAAGUAAUUGCAGUCGUUGAAUGGAAUCUAAAACAACACCCAUAUGAACAAAAAUUAAACAAAAGAGUCCUGCAUGCCGAAUUUGAAUACUAAAAAUUGAAGAAAAACUGUUCAAUUCAUAACCGUUUCAUCAUUAAAUAGAAAGUGAAUAAAAAUCGAUUGAUUGGCAGAGAUUCUGUGAAUUUUCCUCAAAUUGAAUUGUGUGUUCACUGCGCAGCACUAAAAAUUCGAUAAAACCCACACAAGAAUUCGGAAAAGGAAAACGCGAACAACAGAGGCUCGUGCGAAUAAAUUCCACGGCGAAUGGCUAUCUACAAUACCAGCAAAAAUCACACAUAGUCUUAAAAAGAAACAGCAACAACGACGACGGCAACAACGCAUCUGCAGCAGCUGUUACGGCAACUGCAACAAAAUACGAACACGACAAAAGCUAAAGCAAGAAGCCGAUAGAAUUCUUCAUUAUAAGCAGACCAUUAUUAUUGGCACGAGAAGUUUGACCGGACGGACAUUGAAAAAUUCAUAGCAGACAUAGACUGGUCGAAAAACUAAAAAAAUAAAAACGUGCUUUCGGUUAAAAAGAGAAUUGACAGAAUAUUAAGACUGAUGCCGGCAAAGUGCUUGUGUAGAUAGGUAUUUAACAGUGAGAAAUUCUAAAGAAAAAAUCGUUUUCGUUUGAACGGGGUUUGGCCGGUGGAGGUGCUCCGGGGGGCAACACAAGGCUUAAAAAUAAAUCAAGUUUCCAAAUACGAAUUAAAAUACGAAAUCGACGGCAAGAUACGAAAUUUAUGUAAUCAACAAUUAAAUAUACAAAUAAAAAAACAAUUAUCUGAAAUCCGCAUACUAAAUAUAUUUUAAAGACAUUAAAAUUAAAUCAUAGUUGACUUAAUACAAGAUUCGCCUCCCGUCAUCUCCAACUAAAAAGGCCAACCCAAAUACAAAUUUCAUAACGUUAUUACAAAGACAAGACUUAAAAUAUAAAUGACAGUGUAAACAUUUAUUUAUAGAAGUAACGAAGGAGUAAACUAAAGAUAAAUUAAUUUUAUUAAUAAAACCAAAAUAAAAUACUUGUUUAGUUAAUUGAAACAUAUAUUAAGAGGAAAACCCUAAUUGAAUAUUAAUUGAAAUCUGUGAUUAUCUUAAUUUAAAAAUUGCACUUUCAAAAAGAAAUAAAAAUUGAAGAAAAUAUAAUAAUAACAGCUAUUAUUUUUGCGAAUCGCAUUUUUACGCGUCUUUAAAAAAAAAUAAUAAUAAUAAUAAUAACUAAAAUAUUACGGAAUAAAACUUGAAUCAAUAAAAAACGAAACGUGAGACGUAUCGGUAAUUCAAGUUAAAUAAACUGGAGUAAAAUAAGAAUACAUUUGGAAAUACACCUUUACAUAAGCUCGUUGAACUUUAUUUGUUUAAAUGGAAAUCAUUCCUGAAGGUAAACAUUUUCGUUUGGUGCAAGAAUCUGAGCUUCCAGAAAUUUUGGAGUAUUUGGAAAGAUACUUACCGGAGUCACUAAAGUUUCAUCAAACCAUAAAAACGUACCUGAAUGAUCGUGUUUGGGACUUUUACUUUUAUGUCUCUAAAGAUUGGCCCGAGAAACCAAUAAUAUUACAUUUUCCAGGAUGCACGCUUACGCCCAACAACAAUAUCUACCAAAGCUUUGGCAUCUUUUGUCCCUCAACACAAAUCGAAUGUGUGGAUCUGAUGCGCACCGAGGAUGCCCUUAUCGACUGGCAACAGCCAUUGUACCUGAAUUUCACGCAUAUUGCUAUCAUGAAUCGCCUGGAUGACUUUUACUCCACUUUCGGAGUAAUGGAGCGGCUUGAAGGCGACAUCUAUGUGUGUAAUGAGCUGAACACAGACUUGGAGUUGGAGGAAUUGUCUGACGAUGCAGAGAUGCGUCCUCUUACUGCUGAUGACGUGAAAGGUAUACACGACUUGUAUCCGGCCAGCGAGAUUGAACGUAUAGAAGUAUUCGAGAUAUUGGUGCAGGUGUUGCCAGGACUGGGAAUCUUUCGCAAAGAUACCAAUGAAUUGGCUGCAUGGAUGGUGCACUCUUACUAUGGAGCAAUGUUCUCGAUGCAAACACGUCCAGAGUAUCGUCGCAAGGGUUAUGGAAUACGUCUUGCUAGAGCUCUAACUAAACUUGUAAUUGAACGUGGCUAUUCGCCCUUCGUCGUCAUACGUCCACAAAACGAUGCAUCUAGAAAUCUUUAUACCAAGCUAGGCUUUACGAAAGCGUACGAAACAUGUCGAGUCAAAAUGACUCCCGGUCUAGAAGAAGGCAACCAAGAAGAAGAGCAGCAGUCUAAUCACGAAGCAACGACCAAUGGGGUUGCCGAAGGUAAAGAGCCGUUAAGGCAGACAGACGACGAGACAGAGGACAACAAAGAGAAUCAACCAAUCGAUGAGGGCAUAGAGGAUAUGCUAGCUGAAAAAUGUGAUAUUGGUAAGGAGGAAAUGUGUACCGCCCACGUGAAAGCCGCCAUGGACGAGGGCAUCGAAGAAGAUAAAUAAAUAAUUAAGGGAAUACGAAUGAAUGAGUAAAAAUGAUCAGGAGUAACAGGGAAUAAGCUAUGUUUGUAUAAGAGUAACCACGAUGGGAGGGAGGGGCGACUAGUCGGGUAUAAAAAUAAGAAAUGAAACUAACAAAAGCUAUUACAAAUGCUGAUAUGCAAAAAAAGAAACAAAAAUGGAAACAAAAAAACUCCAUUAAUAUAUUAUAUACUUAUAACAAUGUAAAGAAAAACAAUAAGAAAUGAGUGCACUUGGACGCCGAUGCGAUGUAGAAUGUAAAUUGUAUAGACCAAAAGAGAUAUUGCGUAAUAGAAGUUAAAUAAGAAGGAAACCUGCAGGAAUAGUAUGCACAUAAACCAAGUUUAUUUGUGUAUACAAGUAUUUGUUCACAGAAAUUUCGAUUCGGAGCCCGUGCACUCGCACAAACACAUGAAAGGAUUAUUUCAAAUAUAUAGAUAUACUUACAUACAAAAUGUAUACAAAAUAAUACAUACCUAUAUGAAUCGAAGAGGAUUUAUUUUAAAGGUUUUUGCUAAAAUGCUUUUACAAAAACAAAAAUAUGGUAAUAAUUGAGAGUUUAAAUGUAUGCAUCAAUAUUGAAUAAGGACAAAGAGUAAUUCCGAUAAGGACUUCCAAGAUUUUAAUGAAACAUACAUAGGCACUUUGUGUGUGAAUAAUUUAUUUAUCUUCAUAACUAUGAUUGCGUCGGCGAAUACUAUAAAACUCAAGCAUAUUAUACUUAGAUAAUCGAUUGGCAGCCUACAUCCGGGCAAAGCCGACUUAAGGGCUUCUGCAAAGAAUUUUGAUCUAACAAAUUUAUAUGAGUUUUCGCACUAAGCACACGACAAUUUCCAAGCACAAGAGUAUUAUAUGGUUUAAAAAUAGUUUUACAAAUGCAUAUUAGACAUUUUACAAAGAUAUUUGUUAUAGUAUUGUGAAGUACAUGCAAAAUAUACGAAUUAAACCUACAGCAUAAUUUAAAACAAUGAAGUAACAAAAAAAGAAAAUAUUUUCGAAUCUUAAUUCCAUUUAAUUUACAUAUAAAUAUACAUAUGUAUGUACGCAUGCAUCUAACUUUACAAGCUACCUUUUAAGUAAUCCAUUAAUAAGAAAACUACAACUCAUUGAAUUAGUUUAAAAACAGAAUUUGGAAAUACUCACAUGAAUGCGCUCACUGAGCUUCGGUGUUUGGAUUUAUAUUUCAUGUAGCCAUUAAAUCUAAAACAAAAUUGUAAACGCUUGGGAAAAUUGGGAAUAGGAAAUCUCUCCAUGGCUAGUUCAAGUACGCAGGAGUUAAAAAAUUUCGCGUUCACAUCUAAGUUCUGCGUCGAAAGUUUCCGGACUGUUGGAAAAUUAGAAAAACUUAAAGAGAUUUUGGCAAAGUUGAUUUAUGUAAUUCACAUUAGUUCCCUCCGGACUCUAUACGCCGCUUUGUGGGAGCGAGAAACAUAUAAUUCGAAUUGCUUAACUCGAUUUUGGAAACAUUAUUUAGGAUGGGGUCGUCAACCUUCGAAUGUCAUCAAUGUGUGCAAAAUGCUUUGCUUUCAUAGUCAUAUCCAAGUCUCCAGGGGGAAAAAAUGUCACACGGUGCUAAAUCCGCAUAGACAGAAUGCCAUUUAUGGUGAAAAUUUGUUCUUCUCCUUGAUUGGCGUGAUAACCGCUUGAGUGAUUUUGGCCGAGUUUAAAAAAGAGAGCCAGUCGGUUUUUUCUGGUGCUAACCGGCGCCAGACUUUGUUUUAUUUCUCAUUGGGGAAAGAUUUUUACGUGGCGGGUCCCAAAGCGCACAACCAGAUAUGCUGGAUUGUUUCGCCUUCUCAUAUUAGUCUGCUCUCAAGGGGAUGUUCCGGAGCUACCCAGAGGAUACUUGAGUGAAGCCCGGAAGCUGUGAGCUGAAGAAUCGUCCAGGCCACUUCCAAGUCAAUGGCAAUCAGGGACUGUCCCACUUGCGUGGACUUCUAUACAUACGGAAAUAUCCGUUAUUAUGGUCAAAACGUGCGCUUUUAAAAUUGAACGACCAAAAUACCCUCAAAUGGAGGGUGACGAAAUCACGGCAUAAAGCGCUUCAUAACAUAUAGAUACAACACAGUAUUAACGUUUCGGCCCAUAUCCCUGUAAAGCAAUCGAGGUUUUCGCUUUUUUCAUUCAUAGUAGAUCCUGGACGACCGGCGUUUAAACUUCUCAAAAGUAGAAGUAUGAGAAAAGCCAAAUCAUUAAAAGCUUUUUGCAUAACUACCGAGCUACCGUGUGGUUGUGUUACAGAGUUCAAAAGCAGUUCUUUAAAUUGGCUCUUCGUUUAAAAUAAAUUUUUCGACUGAUAGUUCAGAAAUACAAUUACACUAGAUGUAUUGUAUGGGGAAUGCUGCUGGAGCGACAGUUCAUGGCCGGAUACAAGUCCGAGCCAUUCCGGUAACAUAGAACCGACUGUGGGGGGAAUGGUUACAUUAAAUGCAAAACUUAGCUGCUGUUAAACCAAAUCUCGUGAAUUUUUUACACAACACGGGUAAUGGAUGUGUGAUCGUACUCUUGUAUCUAAAAUAUGGCUCCAUAGGUUGCUGAGACAUGAAGGCAGUUCGGGCACUUUUGAGGCAGACUUUGUGUGUGUUCGCCGCUCUCAACCACUACGGCAUUGUUGCGACUCUGUUACUUUUUUGUUGCUGAUACUCAGCUGCUCGAAGCUACUUAGUUCCGAACGUGUUGUUUGAAAAUAUAAAAAUAUGGAUCAGUAUUCAUUUCAAUUGAACUCUGCGCUAAAAGCAACGAAUAAACAAUAUUGAGCUUAAAAGUAGUAUUUAUUAAAUAAAAAAAAAAAAAAAAACGGCAGAACGCGUGACGUUGCCAUUGUUGCCUAAAUUUGUGGCUGAACCUGGUGCCAUCUCGAAAAAAGUAGCACAGCCGCAAUUAUUACACCUCGAACACACUCUAUAUAUGCACAUACAUAUGUACAUGCAUCUGUGAAACUUCCUAUUGCUAACUUAUACAGGCAUGCAGACGUGGACGAAGUUGCUUUUCUCUGCUUUUCUGAUCUGAAUAACGUCGAAAAAAACAAAUUUUAAGCACGCGUUUGUACGAACAUGAGUGCAUAUUAUUUCCGAAAUCGGUUCAAAAUUUAACUCAACAAUACUGCUCUGCGUACACAAACAUAAUCAUAUACAUACAUAUGUACACACGUAUAUAUGUAUGUAAAUCUGUAUGUGUGCGCAUUUCGAAUGUUAUAAUAUCCAACUUUGGCAAAAUACAGCAUCCGAUUUUUUUAAUAAAAUUAAGAACUUUCUUUCAAUGAAAAACAAAAAAUUAAUAAACUUAAGAAAAGCUUUAUUUAAGAAGAUUGCGAUUGGUGAACCGAAGGUAAGAAGCCGAAGGAUACAAACAUAUGUACUUAUGUAUAAUGAGUAUGAGUGAUCAAAAUGUGCGCGUACAUGUGUACAUGUGUACUUACAAGACAUUCGCGUGGAUACAAAUGCGCAGAUAGAAUAAAAUUAGCAAUGCCACAAUUAUUCGGCACAUACAAAUAUACAUUUAUUGGGCAACAUAUACAUACAUACAUAUUAUCCAAUAUGGCCUAGGCAUAAAAGUGUCUGAUUGAAGAUGCGCAUUAAUGGACAGUAGUCGCUCGAUUCUGUGAACCAAUUCAGUACAUAAUAAAACAAAAAGCGAGUGUUAAAUUCCUUUUUACCUAUCAGUUGUUGUGAAGGAUUUCUUUGGUCGUUUUUUGGAGAAUAAGUAAAGAAAAUGUUGACCUAAUUAGAGCACCUUUAUUACACAAGUCUUUUGAGAUCAGAUCACAAGUCGUUGGCGACCUAUUCGCCUAAUUGAUUUUUCAACCACUUUCGGGUAAAUAUAAAGUCCGGACCAUCAUUGUCGCAAGUGUUAGUAAAAGUCAUAACCAACAAGUGGACGAAAAUUGCUAAAUUGUUUAAAAGAAUUCUUGCCCUGCUGGUUUUCUUUGUUUUUUUUUUUACAAAUACCAUAGUUUCGGAAGAAAGCUGUUGCUAAAACAAAGGGCAGCCUCUUCCGUGUAAUAUUCAGUUGUAGUCAUACUCCAGAACGUCCUUUCGGUGUAAAGUGGGUUUUUAAAUAAGGCGCCACAAUUCGACAUUCAAAGAAAAUGUUCGAAUCUUACUUUAAAAUUUCUCAAACAAUUUAUUUAUUGACUCAUAUUUAAUAAUUUUAACUGCUAUGGGACGGUUUCUGAGGAGUCACAAUUUCAUUAAAAGAAGUAACAGAAAAAUUCAGUUCAAUUCAAAUGAAAGCGGAGGGAACUAAAAAGAAAAAGGAAAGACAGUGGAAAAAUUGCUUUCAUCCGCUUUAACCAUAAAAAUCAGUAAAAACAACAGGAAUCUUUUUUUUUUAUUGCAACGAAGGUGAAACGUUGAAGUACCACUCUCCAAGUAGCACUCAAGCGCGGUUUUGGUUUGCAAGGAAGAAAGAACACAUUUCAAAACAAACACUCCGGAACACUUUUCGGACCACUUUUCUGACACAUUUUUGCUUCGGCUGAAAUUUUUUACGGGUUCUAUAUCGAAGAAAAGAAGUGCGUACACCAACAACAAUAGCAGCGUCACAUAUUGCAGAAUUAAUUGAAUUUGCAAGCGAAUUGUUGACGUGUAUUCGAUGAUUUUUUAACAAAAUAUAUGGGUAAUUUUUUCCCAAACUCAGAAAAAACGCGUUUCGUAAGAAAAGCAAUGACUGUGAAUAAUUAGAAAUCACUUUAGCUAAAUCACUCGCGAAUUAAAACGAUGAAUUGUUAAUCAAAAAUAAACUGCAUUGAAUAUUUGGAAGUAAAAAAUUAAAAUAAUGAAAAUCAGCGCAAACCAGAAAAAUACGACUUCCUUAUAUCCAAGCAUGUAUGUGUGUAUGUGUAUGCUAAUAUAAACACGAAGUUUUGUUUUGUCUGUGUUGAGUUUAUAAAAAUAAGUUUAUUUAAAAAACCUGUCUAAGUACCGUUGCGUAAAUGUCAAUGUACAUAUGUAUGCAUACAAGCCGUUAAUGAGUAUUUUUUCACAUUUUCGAUGCUAUAAACCCCCAAGUACAUAUGUUUAUUCUCGUAAUGGCAUAUAUGUAUAUAUGUAUACUUACUUGAAUAUGUAUGCAUCAAAAUCAAAAUUAUACAAAAAGUGUACGAAAAUUUAAGUAUCACAGAAACGAAGGCAUAUAUGCGAAACCUAUUCGUAGAAGAAGAAAUGAAUAAAAUGAUUGUGCAAAACUAA